CCGGCAUCACGUGCUGGGGAGGAGGCGGGCCGGGGCCGGAAGUACCGUGUAGGAGCUGCGUCAUCAGUGCGCGCCGGCGGAGCCGCCAUCUUGGACGCGCCGGUCCCGGCGAAGAGGGGGGGGCGGCGCCGGGCUCGAGCAGCCGCUGCAGCGAGGAGCCUCCGGCCGCCCCGCGCCGUUCCCGCCGCCAUGGACGGGGACGUCUCGGCCGAGCCCGGGGGGCUCCCGGAAGCGGCCGCGCCCCAGAGGAGACCCGCGCGGAGCCAGAAGCCCCGGAGGAAGCCGCGUGCCCGCCCCCGCCCCCGCCCAGCGCCGGCCAAGGCCGCGGAGCCCGGCGAGGCCCCCGGGAACGGGCCGGAGCCGCCUGAGAAGGUGCCGCGGAAGAGAGGCCGCAAGUCGAAGGCGGAGCUGCUGCUGCUGCAGCUGUCGCAGGGGCCCCUGUGCGCGCCGAAGCUGGGGGGCAGCGAGGCGCCCGAGGGCCUGGAGACCACGCCGGGGGGGCGUCCCAAGCGCCGAGCCGCCAAGGUGGCCCUGCUGUACCUGCAGGAGCUGGCGCAGGAGCUAUCGUCUGUAUACCAGCCCCCGGUGCCCAGCGAAACUGUCCCAGAGCAGGAGGCCGAUGGCCCCAAGAGGAAGCGCCGCAGCCGCAGGAGGGAGGAAGAGGAGGUGGAAACAGAUGGUGACGACCCCUCCCAGGAUGCUGACUUUGUGCCCUCGGCCGAAGUGCUGCUGCAGGCGGAGGAGGAGGAAGAGGAGGAAGAAGAGGAGAGCGAGGCCCUGCUCAGCCGGGUCUCAGAGCUGGAGCCAGACAUCCCUCGCAGGCACAGCCUGAAGGCAGCAUCUGCAGGGAGAUCUAAGCCUCAGUGCCGAGGGUUCGCCCCCAACGGCUUCCACAAUUCCAUCAUGACGCCGGUGUUGAAGUGCUUCAGCAUCACCCGCAGCCUGCGAGAUCGCAACUACUCCCCCUGGGAGUUCCCAGACUGGAUUCCUCUGGCCCACAAAUGGACCUUUCUCUCUGAAAAUGAGGCCGCCCCGUACUUGCCUGAGGAGGUGAAGUCUCCACUCUUCUCCAUCCAGAGGGAGGGCAUUGAGGAAGACGGUAUCCUGUACCGGAUCAACAGGUUUAACUCCCUGCAGCCCCAUGAGGAGCGAUGGGAUGUGUCGUUCUUCGUGGGUGGCCCUGUGUGGGCGAUGGAGUGGUGCCCCACGCCCGAGGGCUCCGCUGCCGGUCAGCAUGUGGCACUCUACUGCCACAGGGGCAUGGAUGAGAAGCACAGUCUGGCCAAGGUCCACACUGGUCCCUCACUACUGCAGCUCUGGAGCCUGGGCCCACUGCAGCAUGAGGCAGGCUCUGCCACCAAAGCUUCAUUGGCCUAUGCCAUUGCCACCAAUCACGGCUGCAUCUGGGACAUGAAGUUCUGCCCAAGUGGAGCCUGGGAGCCCCCCAUGACUGGCAGGAAGCUCCCGCAGUUGAGCCGGCUGGGCCUGCUGGCCGUGGCCCUCUCAAAUGGCAGGGUGGUGCUGUACACACUGCCGCACCCCGAGGCGCUACAGGCACUCAAGAGAACCCAGGUAAAAGACGAGCCUCUCCCGAAGCACACAGUCUGCCAGGUGCAGUGCAUUGCCACGCUCCAGGUGGGCUCCAUCCAGGCCGGCAGCUCAUCUGAAUGUGGCCAGUGCUUCAGCCUCUCCUGGAUGCCAACCCGACCCCACCACCGCCUGGCAGCUGGCUUCUACGAUGGCACCGUCGCCAUUUGGAACCUGAGCACCAUGUCCCUGCUGCAGCGUGUGUACCGGCCCGAUGGCUCCCUCAAGCUCUACCCAGCCCAGUGCUUCCUGGCCCAUGACCACGCCGUUCGCAGCAUGGAGUGGUGCAAAGCCAACAGUAACUUCCUGGUGACGGCAGGGAAUGACCGGAAAAUCAAGUUCUGGGACCUGCGGCGCCUCUAUGAACCCAUCAACAGCAUCAAGCGGUUCCUCAGCACUGAGGUCGUCUGGCUGCUGCCCUACAAUGGAGUCACCGUAGCCCAGGACAACUGCUAUGCCUCCUACGGACUCUGUGGGAUCCACUAUAUUGACGCCGGCUACCUGGGCUUCAAGGCCUAUUUUGUGGCCCCACGCAAGGGGACGGUGUGGAGUAUCUCGGGCUCUGACUGGCUGAACACAGUGGUGGCCGGGGAUGUCACUGGGGAACUGGUGGCUGCUGUGCUGCCUGACUUGGCCAUGAACCCGCUCAACAUCAAGCGCCCCUCAGAGCGCAGAUUUCCCAUCUACAAAGCUGACCUGCUGCCCUGUAGCCCUGUGGGUGCCCAGGACAUGGAGCAGCCGGCACCCAAGGCCAAGACCUAUGGCGAGAUGGUGGCCCAGCACUAUAUCCGCUUCCAGGACACCAAUCUGCACAACUUCCAGAACUUCCCCAGCCGGGAGCCUAUGCGCCGGAUGCAUGCGCAGGAGGUGAAGUCAGGGCUGAGCCUGGACCGCCUGCAGCUGGAGUCCAUCCACAAGGUUCGCUUCAGCCCCAACCAGGACUCUCAUGGCUGGCUGGUGUCAGGGGGCCAGGCCGGCAUCGUGCGGGUGCACUGCCUUGCAGGACUUGCUCUGCCUGGGGACUGCCAGCCAGCGCCAGGGCUGCACCCUCCACCCAACUCUGCAUCACAGGAACCAACAGCCAGCCCCAGCCCUGGCCCCACUGGGCAUCUGCUGUCGCCAACUGAGUAGGCCUCGGGCUGAGCUGCGUUGCAGAGCCCCUGGCUGGUGUAGCCCCUCCAACCUGGCCUCGGGGUCAGAUCCUGCAGGGUGUGGGGUGAAUGUGGAUUUCCGAGGGGCUCUGGCCCCUGGCCCCAGGGAGGAGUCUGCAGGGCAGAAGCUCCACACUGGGCUUUUGGGGCAGGCCCCAAGCUAGGGGCAGGGGCAUGGGUGGGGGGCACAGUGUGGGGCCCCAGGGGCUGGCGCUCCACCUGUGUGCAUGUGGCUUUGUCGCAUCCUGUUUCCUCCUGGCCUGCAGCUGGCUCCAGGGAGUCGUGUCUUUGUGCUGCGCUGCGGGGGGCCGGGCCGGGGCUGGGGCCGGGCACUGGGAGCACUGGGCAGUGGCCCGUAGCCCCAGCUAUGUGGCAGCCACAAAUUUGCUCACAUUGAGCCUGUGAUCUUAACUGUUCAGUAAAGGUGUUUGUUUUGUAAA